AUGCUUGCAUCUGGAGAGUCUGGAGAGCCUAGUGUGGCGUGUAAAUGUUAUACAGCUCAGGAAGCCCGCAGUCUGAUCCGUGUGAGCCUCGGGGACAGCAGCGAAGUACUGAGUCACUCUGGUUACAUCAGCGUCAGCGAAGAAUACAACUCCAAUCUGUUCUUCUGGUUCUUCCCGGCACAGAAGGUGCCGCAAGAAGCCCCUCUGGUGGUGUGGCUGGAGGGCGGGUCGGGCACCUCCUCCCUGUUGAGCGUGUUCAACCAGCACGGCCCCUUCUUGGUGAACGAAGCCUUAACUCUGGCGCCGCGAGAAUACACUUGGAGCAGAGAACACAACAUGCUGUAUAUUGACGUUCCAGUAGGCGCUGGACUGAGCUUCACGGGGCACGUGCAGGGACACGCCAGGGACACUGCAGCUGUGGCGCGGGAGGUGCACGGCGCCCUCACUCAGUUCUUCAGUGUGUUCCCAGACUACAGAGGCAAUGACCUGUACGUGUCGGGGACGGGUGAGGCAGACAAGUACGCUGCGGCCCUUGCUGUCCACAUACACAGGGAGAACACAGAGGCGUCCCUAAGGAUUAACCUGAAGGGUGUGACGAUUGGCAAUGGCGCUCUGGACCCCUGCAGGCUGAGUGACCACGGGGAGCUCUUCUUCCACCUCAGCUUCUUCGAUGUGGAGGAGCGGGACCAUUUCCACCUGCAGACGCGCUUGCUGGAGUCCCUGGUGGAGGAGGGCAAGUGGGUGGAAGCAUAUGAACUCCGCCAAGCUCUCCUCGGCCGCGGCCCCGUCCAGAGCUACUUCGCCAUGAUCUCGGAGUUCCACAACCUGCACAACCUGAUGGAGGAACGGCCGGCGGAUAUGGACAAAUGGGAGCGGUUCCUUUCUCGCCCUGAAGUACGCCGCGCCUUGCAUGUGGGCCACCGCUCUAACGACCCGGCGGAGGUGAAGUCGUAUCUGCGGGAGGACACGAUGAAAAGUAUUGAGCCCUGGGUCGUGGAGCUGUUGGAAAAUAAGUAUCGUGUUCUACUGUACAACGGGCAGCUAGACCUCACCUUCCCCUACCACGCCACGGAGAACCUGGUGAACCGCAUGAACUGGACCAAAGUGGACCAGUAUUUCGAAAGUUCCCGAGUGCCUUGGAGUGUUGGGCAACGGGUGGCUGGGUUUGUGAAGGCGGAGGGCGGUUUGGUGCGUGUGCUGAUUCGCAACGCAGGAUACUUCACAGCCCUCGACCAGCUGCUGUGGACUCUUGACAUGAUGCACAGGUUCACCCACAGCAAGCCAUUCUUCUAAAGUGUUGUGGCUGUGGCUGAGACUGGUAGCGUCAUUCCCUUCUGUGGCAUCCGCUUUAAGACGCACCUCCGUUCCACUUCCUUGCGUCCAUGUCCCAGUUUCUUUUUUCCCGUCCUUUUCUGAAGCACCAAGGCUCCUUCACUACUUUACAAAGGCUCUAUAAGUGUAAUGACGUUUUAAAAGGCAUCGUUUUGUUUUCAGUAACAGGUUACCAAGAUUUUUACUCUAAACAGGAGAUACACUACCGUGAACCUUGCUAUUUGUCUUUGUGGCUUUAGAAAAUAGUUUAAGUUUAGAUAACACAAGUUUUUAAGUGUAUUUUUAUGUUUUUAGUGACAAAUUAACAAGGUUUUGUGUAUAUU